GGAGAUGUCUUGACUUGAAGUCCGCACAGCUCUAGUGUAUAUCGGGGAGAUCUGGGUUGCAUCUUCUGAAGAAAGACGCAUUUUUGUUACUCCUCUAAACCUUAAGGGGAGUUUUUAGCUUUUGGUCAGCGAGUGGUUCCUGGAAAACAUCUGAAUCGUUUUAUAACCAAACACAGCUGCCGCGCCAGUGUAUGUGUGUGUGCGUGACAGUGUGUAUGUGUGUGUUCAUCCGUAUGUGGAAGAGGGAGAGAGAGUGAGGGUAUCUGUUUGCUUCCCUUUCCAAAACGGAAAGAAAGAAAAAAGUUUGGWMGUCUUUUUCUCACAGUAACUUUUUUUAGGCAUGAACGCCGAGACGUGCGUCUCAUACUGCGAUAUGACAUCCAUGGAUUCAUAUUAUAGCCCCUCUGCACCGCAAGGUAGGGAUCAUCCGACGAACCCGUUUAGGACAUUCCAAGYRAGUGACACCAAAUACAGCCCCACUUUCCUGCCAAACAAAGGUCAGGCUUACGGAGAAAAGWCUCGGAGCCCAUUCCAACAGGAGUGUCAGUCAUUGGAUGCCACCGCUGGGGAAGGCACCUUUAACAAAUACCACCUCUUCAUGCAGAGGUCUUCUUGCAAAACCCCCCCGGAAGGAGGCAAACUGCACCAAGAAAGCGGACACAACGGAGCGCUCAUUCCCUGCUAUGGUAAAGACAGCUCAGGACUGACAGACUCUGACCUGACCCCGAACUCUGACCYCUCUGGGAUGGACGGCAGCUACCUGAGUGUGAAGGAUCAAGGCGUGAAGGGCCACUCGGACCGACCAGGCUCGGACAUGGCCAGCCCCAUGGACAAGGGCGAGGGUGAGAGCAACAAGGGCAAGAAGAGGCGUAACCGCACCACCUUCACCAGCUACCAACUGGAGGAGCUGGAGAAGGUCUUCCAGAAGACCCACUACCCAGAUGUGUACGCCCGCGAGCAGCUGGCCCUCCGGACUGACCUGACUGAGGCCCGGGUACAGGUGUGGUUCCAGAAUCGCCGAGCCAAAUGGAGGAAGAGGGAGCGCUUUGGUCAGAUGCAGCAGGUUAGGACACACUUCUCCACAGCGUACGAGCUGCCUCUUCUAGCCAGACCUGAGAACUAUGCACAGAUACAGAACCCAUCAUGGAUUGGUGGCGGCAGUGGAGCAUCUCCUGUACCAGGCUGCGUAGUGCCCUGUGACUCAGUCACAUCCUGUAUGACCCCUCACCCUCACUCCGGCAGCGGCGUAUCUGACUUCCUGGGCGUCCCGAACCCUGGGGGUCACAUGGGACAGACACACAUGGGCAGCCUGUUUGGGGGUCCUGGCAUGGGGUCAGGAAUCAACGGGUACGAUCUGAACAGCAUGGACCCGGACCGCAAGUCCUCCAGCAUCGCCGCCUUGCGUAUGAAGGCCAAGGAGCACAGUGCAGCCAUCUCCUGGGCAACAUGAUGCCUCAACAGCAGCAGGACAGGGGCCUCUGGGAACCCCACCACGUCCAAACCAAGCCAAAGCAGAGAGGGGGGCCAGUCUGUGCUACUAUAACAGAAAUAUUGAUAAUCUAAAAUAAUAAUGAUGAUAAAAGCCAUAAAAGCCAUAGCAAAUUGCUGAAGAGGAGAAAAGAGACUAACAAAUCUGGACAGUGAACUUCUUUAUUUUGUGUCUCUGAUGGGAGAGACCAGUGGACAUCAGAGAUGAACAACAGUCAGUCAGUCAGGUAGUCAAAGCUUGAGAUAAGAAGCAGGAAAUCAAGAAUCAGACGUAUCCUUAACGAGACAAAUGAAUUGGUUGCUUGUUGGAAACAAUGUGCUGGUUAUACAGUAGCUAUAAACUAAAACACAACAAAAAUAACAAAAAAAAGCUGAAUAGAUUUGAACCAAUCCCUGCACUUAUUCAGUUAAUACAGGUAAUGCUGUUUGUACAGAUAUUGAGAUGCGUCCGCUAACACACCUGCUAUUGAGUGUCAAUAUAGCUUUUUCUGUUCAGGUGUUAUUAUACUUUCUUGUUUUCCAGUAUUUAAAUUUUAAAUGUGUAUUUUUUUAUUAAUUUUGAUCAUGGUUUUGUCACAGAAUCCCUUGUCCCUCCCUUUCUGUCAGACUGUGUGCGAAUGCAACUAACCACAUAAACCGCAAACUGAUAUUCACAUAUUUACAUACAUUUGGCCUGAUUUGGGUCUGUGUGUACAUUUGGGUUUCCUUAGGUCAUUUUGGUCAGCUUUACUUCAAGGAGAGGGGUGUAGGUAACGGUCAAGCCCAAAGCCGAUCCAUCUCCGUCAGACUAACUGAAAGAAUGCUGAUAAAAUCAGUCAUAUUCUUCAGUUUGGGAAAGAGGUAAACCAUUUCAAAGGUAGCUUACUGUUUCUGGUUUGCAUGGUCAGCACUAGCAUACUUUAGGUUGGUGCUACCUUCCAACAUUUAAAUGUCAGAUAUAAAUCCAGGUUUGUUUAAGUGCGGGCAAACGGAGAGCCCUACUUGCCCCGCUGAUGGGCCGUCACUGAGCCAGAGAGGGACGGGGACGAGGACGUGGUGUGUGUGAGUGUGAGAGAGGUGCACAGCAGGCCUGCUGGGGGCUACAGGUCUGAGAGCACCAGACAGGCUAAGCUCUGUUUGCAGGAGGAGAUUCAAAGUGGACAUGCCAUUUCCUCCCUUGGCAUUUCCUCACCUCACAUUUCCACCUAGGGAGUUACAGGAAAAGUGCCCACCAGUCCCAUUGCCAGAAAUAAUACCCAGCGGCAGCCUUGAACAGCAGAGGCAGUGUAGAUUAUACAGAUUAUGCAGUUUUUGUAGAUUAUACAGUUUUUGAGGGAGAUAAUAAAAUGCUGACUAACGCCA